AUGCUGCACUUCGAGCCUUUGAAGAGAAUAGUCACCAAAGAUGAUCUCGAUAUAUGGGAAAAGUCAAAAACCCGCGAGGAUUUGUUGAAUUUCGUUGUGGAUCUUCAGAACCUGGUGGAAGGUUUAGCAAAUGAUGCUGAGGUCCAUGAGAGUGAACUGGUUCAAAAGAUCAUGGCCAGUCUAGACACCGUUAACUCAUUGAUUCAAAAACAUCCUGUGGUUAUGGAGAAAGAUAUCUCAAGAUUUGGCAAGGGUGAGUUUCGUGACUUUUAUGACGAUCUACAAGAACAGUCUUCCUCCAUGCUUUCGAGCCUUCUUCUCGAAGAGAGCAAAAGUGCAAUCGUAGAGGUUGCACGUUAUUUCACAGACUCAUGGGGUAACAGAACUCGUAUAGAUUACGGGCUGGGCCAUGAAUUGAACUUUGUCUGUUUCCUUCUUUGUCUACGGAAACUUGAUGUCAUUUCACAAGACGAUUAUGCUGCUGUCGUGCUUCGAGUCUUCUGCAAGUACAUCAGCAUCAUGAGACAGCUUCAGAAAACGUACUGGUUAGAGCCAGCAGGCUCCCACGGUGUAUGGGGUCUUGAUGACUACCAUUUCUUGCCCUUCUUAUUCGGUGCUUCUCAACUAGCGAAGCAUCCGCACAUGAAACCAAAAUCCAUUCACAACAAGGAAUUGGUGGAUGCCUUCUGGAAACAGUACAUGUAUUUUGAAUGUAUUCACUUCAUCAACUCAAUCAAGACGGUCCCAGGUAAAGAUGGGAGCACUCAAGCAAGUCUUCGCUGGCACUCCCCAAUGCUAGAUGAUAUUCUGUCUGCGAAGUCCUGGGCUAAAAUCAAGGAGGGAAUGAUAAAAAUGUAUAAAGCGGAAGUGUUGGGCAAAUUGCCAAUCGUUCAGCAUUUUAUGUUUGGCCAUUCGAUACAAUGUCCUGAGGGUAUCCCAGAGCACAGAGAUAAUGAAAAUAAUGAGAGCAGCUGUGGACACAUGCACAAUUACCUCGACACGAGAAAUACUUGGGGUGAUUGCUGUGGAAUCAAAAUUCCUAGUGCCAUUGCUGCCUCCCAGAUGAACGAAAGAAGUGCCAAGCCUGUGCCAUUCGAUUGA